AUGGCACUGGCGCUGCUGUGUCUCAGCGCGGCGGCGGAGGCGGCUUAUGCCUCGUCUUCGCGGCCGAACCGCAAGGUCUUGAAGCCGAUCUUUGGCUUCCUACAAGACCCCCGGGGCGGUGUGCGCCGGCAGGCGGAGCUCUCUGCGGUCUCGAUUCUGCGGAAGUCCGGUUCGGACCAGCAGACCUUAGACUUUGCCGUGCAGCACCUCACGCAGAUGCUCUCAACACGCUCCGACAAGAAGGCUGAAGAGAUCCCUGCCCAGCGCGCGGUGUCUAUGCUCCGCGCGGUGUCGAAGGUGAUUCCAGACGAGCAGCUGGGGGACAUCUUUGUGGCGCUGACGAGGCUGCCUGCCCUCCUGGGGCAGCACCCCUGCUGCACCGCUGCCUUCGAGUUCGCGGCAGAGCAUCUCUCACAGGAGGAGUGGGAUGAGGAGAUGAUGGACGCGGCGGAGGCCCAGUCUGGCCGCGCCGGACGGGCAGCUCUGGCAGCAAAGUUCCUGCCAGGCAUGGUGGCGGUGCCGCUCUCCAUGCUGAACGUGGCGUACGUCUCAGCCUUUGCCCGUGCCACGGCGGCUGCCACGGCAGCCUUACCAAAGGAGGCGGCUCCGCAGAAGCUGACGGCGACCAAGAAGCUUUUGUCGCUGUUCUCGGAGCAAGAUCCGGGACUGUUGCGAGCCGCCAAGGAGGCCUGCGAGGCCAUCUUCAGUGCUGCAGGGGAGAGCAAGGAGGACACCUUCCUGCAGGAACUGCCGGAGGCGCUGCGGCCGUUGCUCCGCUUUGAGGCGAAGGGUUCCUGGGUGUACGCGCUGCCCACAGUGGGCGCGCUCUUCGAUGCCAUGGCCAGCUUGCGGUCGGAGCUAGGCUUGGAUGCGGUGCAGCAGUGGACUGCUGCAAGCUUCCAGCAGUCCAGGCCGCUGGUGGCGGAGCUUGUGGAGGCCAGGGACAAGUCGAGGGGCGGCGAGCUCAAUGUCUACGGCAAGGAGCUACAGGAGGCCAUCGGCUCCGCAGUGAAGGCCUUCGGCCCACAGCAGGUCUUGAGCACGGCGCCGCUGGAGCUCUUGCAGCACUCCUUGACGGAGCGCGGCUAUGAGCAGAAGUCCCGGUCCUGGAUGAUGCUGGUGCUCAAGGACUCCAUCCAGCAGACGUCACUGCAAUUUUUCAUCAGCUACUUCAUCCCCCUGGCGAGCAGUCUGAAGGCAAAGGCGGCCGAGGUGGCUCGCGCUGAUGCACAGGUGCUCGAGAAGAAGUACCUCACGCUGCUGGAGCAGGUGUGGGGCUUGCUGCCCGGCUUCUGCAACGAGCCGCUGGACAUGCAGAGCAGCCUGCUGGCGCAGGGCGGGCAGUUUGCCAAGCAGCUGGUGGCGGUGCUUCAGAACGAGCCAGCGCUGCGGGACCACGUCUGGGCUGCCAUCAAGCACCUGUGUGACGCCACUCGGGAGCCGCCUUCCAGGCUGUCGCAGGCGCUGCAGGAGUCCAACAAGGCGUGCCUGCAGACCCUCUCUGCCCGCGUCAUGCCAGAGAUGUUCAACGUGUUCGUCAAGAUGCAGACUGAGAUGGAGGGACAGGACGCCUCACGCUCUGGCUUCAGCAGGCAUCAGGCCCUGUUGGCUGUCGAGAGCUAUGUGCAGCUAGCAGACCCAGCCUUCGUCGGGUCAGUCUUCAAGUCCCUGGUGGCCAAGUGGCUGAAGGCGACCACAGGGCAGGGGGACGGCAAUCUCGGCCCUGGGGAUGUACCUGCGUUGGGCGACCUGGCCACAGCGCUGAUCCCGCACCUGCAAGGGGAGCACCUGGAGCUGGUUCUGCGAGUCUUUAGCCCCACACUGAAGGGGGCCGAGGACCCGGCUGCGCAGAAGGCCGCCUACCGCGCCGUGGCGGGUGCAAGGCGCUGA